AAUGCAACAUGUUAACAAAUGAGGGUAUGGUUAGGAAUGCGAACACUUCCGGCUUGUUUAGUGAUGAAUACGGUGUAGAGCGUGUAUUGUUUGUGGGUAUUUUUUUAGUGCGACUAUUCCAUUAUUAGCGCAAUUAUCUACUAAGCAUAAACAUGCCUCAAUAUGUUGCCGAUAGCUCAUAAUGGCCCAACAUUAAAAUUCGUAAAAGCUUUUUCCUUUGUUUCUUCUAUCUUACGCCGGAACAUAUUCUCUGGUUUAUUUACAUCAGGCUUGUGUAAAACAAAUUCGUUGUUACAAGACGUAACAAAGGUAUAAUUACUCUAUUCCCCUUUGCAUUUACAAGCAAUUGUAGAUAGCCAAAAAUUUGGUAAAAGUAAAAUAAUUUGCUACAUUAGCUCAUACAAUGGAAAUAUUUAUUACCUACAUUACAAAAACAAAAAACAACAAAGGCGUUGUGCAUUCGUUUAGACUCCCUCGUCCAAGAGUUCACCAUAAAACGAGUGCUUACCAGAAAUCGAAGCUGAAAUCGAAGUUUGAUUAUUGAUAAUUGCUUUCUGUUAUAAUAAGUAGCAAUUUUUAAAUCUUACUUAUCGAUAGUAUAAUUAUUUUUAAUAUUAGUGGCUUUAUUCACAGCAAAAUAAAACACAACAUUUGUUUCGGGCACUUCUUACAGCAGUCUGCGUACCUUCCGUGCACAUUUCUAGCACUGCUUGGAAUGCUAGCGUGCAUUUUCGAGCAGUGUAUAUGCUGGAAAAGACAACUGCGCCAUAUCCAAGCACCGCAAGGCAAGCAGACUGUCAAACAUUUAUUACGCUUACUUUAUUUGAUAGAAUUUUUGUGCUGCUGUAUCAAGACUUUCCCGUUUACCAAACUAUUCCAGUGAAGGGUACGCCCCGGUUGCAUUUCUCAAUCGCUACAAUCGGAAACGCCAUAAACCAGCUGCUUAGCAAAAAAACAGCCGAAAAACUCGGUAUCACAUCCCGGACGCUUGUCGGUCGCGCAGCGUAUUGUUUUGAUAGUGAAGUCAUCUAGAUGCGUCGCUCCGUUUGGUGGCGGACCAGGGCCGACAGACAUCAAACAGUGCAAUGAAUCCGACCUCGCUGUACAUCACCACGUCGCGGCUCGUCUUCCAGGGCGACAUUGUGGCCGAGCUGCAGGAUCUCAAUCGUCUGUUGCCGUACCUGCGGAAAAGCCUGAGCUGUGCGGUGUGUUGCAAGCUGCUGGUGGAACCGCACAGUCCAUCGACGGGCGAUUGCCAGCACCACAUAUGUCGUGUGUGCGUUGGCAAACACAAAAGGCUCAAACCAGCAUGUCGCUUCUGCAAAGGUUUGCUGCAGUACAGGGAGAACACGCAGCUUCGGUUGCUGCUACAAUGCUACAAGAGCAUCUGUACGUUCAUCCGGUCGCGACCAGUGUAUGCAGAUAUAUGCAAGUGUGCACCGACCCAACCGGGUGGUGGUGGUGGGGCAGAGGGUGGUGCCAGUACAAGCGGUAGCAGUAGUACUGGCACAACGCCCAACAGCUUGAUGGAUCUGAUCGAGGAGGGAGCGGCGUUUGUGGAUGACUUCAAGUGCAAUUCCGGUCUGUCGAAGUCGGCCUAUUCGAUACUGCCAUGCAUCUUCCCACCACCCGUCGUAACCGUGCAAACACCCGCCGAGCCGAAACCGAUCGUUGUCGUACCACCCUCAGCACCCUGUUGCUCUAAAACAACAAACAAACCUCAACCGGUCAACAAAACAACUACACCGGCUGAGAAUGUUAAAGUGAUGCUGCAGGAGAAGAAAAAGGUGCUGCGUAAAACAAAGCCGCGUCAACCAAAACAAUCAGAACUGCACCCGCAACCGGUCCAACAGGAGCGGAAGAAACGAAACCAAGCAAAACAGAAACAAAAGCCGGUGAAGCAAGAGCAGCAACAACCAGAACAGGUGCUGCAGCAAAAGCAAGCACAACCGUUGAAGCACCAGCAAAAGAAAGAGUUGCAGCAAUCGCAACCAUUGCAGCAAUGUUCGCAACUUCAACAACAACCAGGACAUCCAAUAAAGCUGAAAAAGGGCCAGAUAUUCAAACAGAAAAUAUCGAAUGUGACCCCGGCACAGCAAAGGUUAACGAUACAACAGAUACCAACGGAACAGGAACAACACAAACAGCCGGCGCUGCCACAAUGUCAGCAGCAAAAAUCAUUGCAGCGAAAGCAGCAGGUGCAACAGUUGCAACAGCAGCCACAGCUACAAUAUCAAUGCCAACAGCAACAAAGUAAUCGAUCGAAGGCGCAUCCACAACAACCGCAACAGCAGCUGCAGCAGCAGGUUUCGCAUCAAGUACAGCAGAAACAAUUGGUGCAGCAGCAGCUAGCAAUAAAGCAACCGAAACAAUUGAAAACACAAGUGAAAAUAGAGCCGGAAUUGCAAUCUCAGCAACUUUUGCUACCAACACAACAACCACCGCAGCAACUGAUGCAACAACAACAACAACAACAACAACAGGUGCAAAAAAUGGCACAGGUACAACAACAACAGCAGCUGCAGCCACAAAAAUCAGUACAGUUACAAUCGCAGUCUCUAAAAUCGGUGCAACAGCAAUCGUCUCAACCGAACGCUGGCAGCCCAAUCAUGUCCGGUCAAAAGAUGCUGAGUGCUGCACCGGCCGUACCCGUACGGUCACAGAAAUCCCUACCACUGGCGCAAACUAUUAAGCAGGAGGUGGUAGAACAGCCGCAACUGCAAAUGCCGCAACAACCAAUGUUUCAACUGCAGCAACAGCAACAAAAGCAACAGAUGGCUUUCCAAAAUCAGCAAGCGAUCAUUUCGCAACCGAUAGCACCGGUGCAGAAUGUGCCCCAGAUGCGCAAACAGCAGCAGCAGCAGCAGGAAACGAUAGAGUACUUAAAGGACAACCCACCGCUGAUAGAGCAUCAGCAGCAGGACAGCUUGCAAAAGCAGCAAGAGCUAGCGCAGCAGAGACAGCAACAGCAGCUACAAAUUGCACAGCGACGCCAACAGUUGCAACAGCAGCAAAUGCAGCAAAUUAUGCAGCCGCAAAAGCUGUCCGCUCAGCAGCAAACCGUCGCAGGGAAGCUACCGCAGCAGAUGCCAAUGAUGCAGCCACAGCAGUCACGCAUGGCAUUCCCGGGCAAUGUAGCCGACGUGGUCAUUCGUCCGAAUGCGAACAAGAUCAAUUCCAGCCUGAUACGGAACGUGCUACCGGCACGUAUCGGUCCUACCAUCAUACACGCGGAAUCACUCGCGAACCGACCGGCAGGUACGGUUGCUGCGGGUGGAACCGCCGGCAAGAGCACGAUGGUACCACCGAGCGUGGCAAACUCACCGCUCCUAACGCAACCGAUCAUCAAGAACAGCUGCGUACCGACGACACCGCGCAUCGUUAACAUUACCACACCGCAGGAAAUCAAAUUCGAGGCAGCACCGAUUAAAACCGUAUCGAGCGGUACCACGAUGUAUUCGGUGCUGUACGCGGAGAGUGGAAACAAGUUCACGAUCAAGCGAAAGCCGGAUCCGGUAUCGGCUGCAAAGCCGGUCAACAACGGACAGCAGGCAAAACUAGCGACGAUGGUAUCAAACACUGCCGGGCUAGCAAACAGCGCACGCUCAAUAAUUCCUGCCAAGGUGGAUGUCGAUCAGCCCAAGCUGGCAACGGUACAGAAAGCUCAAACACAGCAACCGAUCGUAUUGCAGUUCCGGCCACCUCAAACACGACCGUUACAAUUACCACUACAACAACAACAACAGCAACAACAUGCAGCAGUCGUACAGCAGCAGCAGCAGCAAUCGUCCGUUAAAGUGCAGCUUCCGCAACAACAUACAUCGUUGGUUCAACAACAAAUACAGCAGCAACAACAACAGUUGCAACAAUAUCAUAUUCAGCAACAACAGAAACUCACAACACCAUCACAGCAGACGGUAGUGUCACUGGCACCGCAACAACAACAAAACUUCCGCUCGCUCAUCAUUCAACAACAGCAGCAGCAGCAGCAGCAACAACAACAACAAAAACAACAACAGCAGAUGACAUCUCAACAGCAAGCGGUACAACAACCGCCAUCGCAACCACCACCAUCGCAACAGCAAUCAAUGAAACGUAAGGGUUGCCGUUGCGGCAAUGCAACCCCAACGCCUGGUAAGCUGACCUGCUGCGGUCAACGCUGUCCGUGCUACGUUGAUUCGAAGUCCUGUGUCGACUGCAAAUGCCGUGGCUGUCGCAAUCCACAUCGAGCGGAUGGUCUAAAGAUCCGUCGAAGUCUCUCGGAAUUGUUGCAGCAGUAUAAUUCGCCCGCCACCACCACAGCAACAUCAACCGCAACCAUCGACACGCUGUCGUCCGGGUCCACCACCACCACCAGUGGUGUUUCACUCGGUCCAACGAUAACAGCCGUCACGUACAGCAUUAACGCGGUGAAGCCUACCAACGCAUCCACCUCCGUGGCGAACGGUAGCACCAAGGUGAAGGUAAUCAGUGCGGGACAGCACCAAAUUUUGCACACCACCGCCAAAGCAACGCCGGCGGCGGCGGUCGUGAAAACUGGUGCCGGCGGUGGUCGCACUCGUACGAACGGUGGCGUCGGUGUGUGUCUGCUGCCCAAAACGCCGAGCGCACCCGUACCGACCGGCGGUACUAUCACGAUCCGGCCGUUUGCAAACAGUGGUUUUACCAGUGGCACCACCACCACGAUCAGCUAUUUGCCUUCCGCUUCGCAAUCGUCAACUGCUACCGCGUCGGCAAGCGGUUCCCUGUCCGCCGGCGCGUACGUAUCGCCAUUGACCCGUACCAUGUCCCAGCCGAACACGGCAAGCGUAAGACUGAACAAAACGCCCGCCCGCACCAGCACCGUAACGUCCGGUUCGUUCGCAACACUGUCGACCGGUUCCUCCACCCAAUCGUUGGACCGUGACUGGACCCGGAUCGGUGGUGAACCCGGCGCUAACGUUUCGGCAAAAUCUUUCCCCAAACAAACGGCCGGCGGUGUACGCCCAGCGAUGGCAUCGCUCGAUACGGAUCGCGAACGUACUACUGCUGUUGGGCUCGGUUCACGCAACACAUUCGUCAGUGGCAAACCGGACGCACUGUUGAGCCAAAGCUCGGUAGCGAUGAUGCCGGUUACUGCUUCACCCUCCUCCGCGUCCUUCUGUUCCUCCCCGAGCGUAUGGUCACCGUCGCUGCCGAGCAAUCUGUUCGGAAGCAGCGUACCAUCCACCGGUACCGGUUCACCGGUCGGAUCGGGUACGACCGGACAGGAACUGUCCUCCCUGUCCGGCUACGACAUGAACAGCUUCGUCAACAUUAGCCACAUACUCGACCCGGACGGUGUGAUCGAUCUGUGCGACGAUCUGGAACUGAACGCGGCGAACCUCAUCUCGCUCGAUUGA